AUGGCGAGCAGAGACAGAGAACCGCGAGAUCGUGAGCUUCUCAUUCCUGUGGCUGACUCCACCGAUGAAGAUGCUUCUUUCAAACCCUCUUCGUCUUCCUCUAUUUCGCACCACACCGGCCGCGAGACAUUUUCCAAAGUAGUUAGAAGUUGGGCAUCAAAAAAGUUCAUGACCGGAUGUGUGAUCCUGUUUCCAAUAGCAAUCACUUUCUAUAUAACGUGGUGGUUUAUUCACUUUGUGGAUGGCUUCUUCUCCCCAAUCUAUGCUCAACUUGGAAUCAACAUUUUUGGUCUUGGAUUUGUCACUUCCAUUACGUUCAUAUUUAUUGUUGGCGUGUUCAUGUCAUCAUGGUUGGGUGCAUCUGUCCUGGGCCUUGGUGAGUGGUUCAUCAAAAGAAUGCCGUUUGUUCGUCAUAUCUACAAUGCCUCCAAGCAGAUUAGUUCCGCCAUAUCCCCAGAUCAAAACACGCAAGCCUUCAAGGAAGUGGCCAUCAUAAGGCAUCCACGCAUUGGUGAAUAUGCAUUUGGGUUCAUAACUUCAUCAGUCGUCCUUCAGAGCUAUUCUGGAGAUGAAGAGUUGUGCUGUGUUUAUGUUCCCACGAACCAUCUUUACAUUGGCGAUGUAUUCUUGGUCAACACCAAGGAUGUCAUUAGACCAAAUUUAUCUGUACGGGAAGGAAUUGAAAUUGUUGUUUCUGGAGGCAUGUCAAUGCCCCAGAUCCUGUCAACACUCGAUAACCGGAUUAUGCCAAUGGAUAGCUGA